AACAAUACAUCAAUGAUUCCUACUUUCCUGCUGGUAGGCAUCCCAGGCCUGGUAACCACACCAUCAUGGUGGGCCCUCAUUUUGAUUACCAUCUACCUCCUUUGUGCCCUUGGAAAUGGAACAGUUCUCUGGGUAAUUGCUGUGGAGCCCUCACUCCAUCGCCCAAUGUACUUCUUUCUCUUCCUGCUGGGUGUAUCUGAUGUUGGCCUGGCCACAGUACUGAUGCCCACACUGCUGAAACUUUCUCUUUUUGAUUCCCACACAGUUCCAGCAUUUGCCUGCUUCCUCCAGAUGUUCUUCAUUCAUGUUUUCUCUGUUAUGGAGUCUUCUGCCCUGCUGGCAAUGGCCUUUGACCGGGCACUGGCCAUUUGUCAUCCUCUCCGAUACCCAGCCCUGCUCACAAAUGGUGUGACUAGCAAGAUAGGACUGGCCAUUGUCUUCCGUUGUGUCAGUCUCCAUCUACCCCUGCCAUUUCUUUUGGCCUGGAUGCCCUACUGCCAUCCCCAGGUUUUAUCCCACUCCUACUGUUUGCACCCAGAUAUUUCCCGGCUAUCCUGUCCUGAGGCCCAAGGUGCAACCUACAGCCUCUUUGUGCUCUUUUCUGCUAUGGGUUUGGACCCUGUCCUCAUCUUCUUGUCCUAUGCCUUCAUUGGACAGGCACUUCGGGGUAUAGCUUCACAUGAAGAUCGUCACCGUGCCCAACACACCUGUGCCGCACACAUCUCUGCUGUGCUUCUUUUCUAUGUACCUAUGAUCCUCCUAGCACUUAUUGAACGACUGAGGUUACCCAUUCCCCAUGCUGCCCACACUUUUCUCUCCUAUAUCCACUUUUUGCUUCCACCUCUGCUCAACCCUGUUCUCUAUAGUGUCAAGAUGAGAGAGGUCAGGGAAAAGAUCCUAAGAAGGAUCCAGCCCACGAAAGUCAGGUCUGUUCCAUGA